CCAGAGCGUAAGAAUAAUCAAGAGCAGAUCUGAUUGGGUAGGUGCUGCACAGGAAGAGGAGAUGUCGCCAGAGCCAGCGGCGAAGCGUGCGAGCUCAGGCGGCGGCCACGCCGUCGCCUUCGCGGGCGACCGUCUAAGCGACCUGCCGGACGGCCUCCUCCACGCCGUCAUGUCCUUUCUCCCGGCCCCGCAGGUCGUGCGGACGAGCGUGCUGUCGCGGCGGUGGAGGGACCUCUGGCGCUCUACCCCCUGCAUAAGCAUCGAAGAGCGCGACUUCGAGAUUACCACUGGGAGCGGGGCAGGGGGUGACCUCGACGAGCGGCAGGAGAGAUGGCGCAAGUUCGAGGACUUCACCACCAACCUGCUCUUGUUCCACAACAAUGUCGCGUCCUUGGAUAAGUUCCGGCUAUAUGCUGGUACUGGUCGUGCCUGUGCACUUCGCCUUCGGGACUUGGAUAGAUGGGUGCGACGUGGUAUCAAAUACCGCCCCCAAGUGAUCGAGAUUAUUAUCUCUUUGCGUCCUCGCAUUCAGUUUCCUCAUAUGGGAGCAAGUUCUUGCCGCCUUAAAAGGUUGCAUCUUAAUGGUUUCUAUCUGGACAACCAAUUCGCAGAGCUACUCUGUUUCGGGUGCCCUGUCCUGGAAGAUUUGGUGCUCAGGAGCUGCGACAAUGGUUUUCAAGAAAUUAAGUCAAGCACAUUGAAGAAGCUAGUCGUCGACUCCUGUGGCAAUCUCUCUGGUGAUCCGGUGGUUAUCGUGGCACCCCAUGUUGCAUAUCUCCAACUGGGUAUUUCAUAUGGAUGCUAUUCCAACGGUGUUUCAAUAUAUGAGACGGCUUCUCUUGUCAAAGCAUCGAUUCAUUUGCUUUGUCUUGGUGAAGCAUUCAAUUUGAAACAUCAACAACGGCUUCUCGGUAACCUGUGCAAUGUGCCAAAUCUGCAGCUAUCGGGUUUCCACGCAAUGGCGAUGCUCGUUGAGGAAUCGAUUAAAUUCCCAAUCUUUGCUAACCUGCAAACCUUGUCACUUGAACAAUGUUUGCUUGAUAAAUGUGAACUCGAUACCAAGCUGGACGCUUUAGGGAGCUUUGUUCAGAAUGCUCCUUGUUUGGAGAAGCUUACCUUGCAGUGCUGCAUGUUUCCAGUAGAAUCGGAGAAAGAGGGGCAGCUCGUGAGGAAAAACAUAAUUCUUCAGCGACAUGACCAAAAUACUUUCCUGUGCCCGAAGUUGAAGGUCAUAGAAGUUGUGUACGAGGAGGACCAUGAUCACCAACUGGUCGAACUUUUGUGGGGAAUUGGGAGGAGGCUACCAAAUGCCAAUAUCGUACUCAACAAUUAUUUUGUGGAUUAAAACUUUCAUCAUGGGUAUGGUAACUCCGUCAUGAUCCUCGUUGCGUCCAGGGUUAUUCUUUGUUUAUUGGUACUUAAUUUGCUAGUACUGGUACUUCAACAGGCGAAAGAAAAGUUGUUGACAUGGUAAACUUCUGUAUAAUAUUCUCGCUACAGCACAUCAAAUGGGGCGCAGAAGGUGAAUUAUGUAUUCACUUUGCUACCCGCUUAUGUACUACCAAAUAUGUAGUAUGUUUAUGCAUAAUCUGAUGCUCUGUUAUAAUGUUGAUGCUUUUCAAUGGAAGAUGCGGUGGUGGAUAAAGCUAAUCAAAAGUUGGCGCAAAGUGUCCCUAUGGAAACUAUAGUACUCUACUACAGCCGAACGAUGUCCGGCACAAUUUGUGUAGAACAAGUCUUAGUUUUGUGGUUUUUUGUUUCUUGAAACGAAAUGUGUAUGCAUAUCACAGAUGCAUAAUUUCCAAACAGAAUAUGCUGAUAUACACAAGAAUGUAAUUUGCACUCUAGUUAGAAUGUGAUGGCGAGUUUUGAGUGGCGUGAGCUAGUGACUAUCAAACAAAACUGUGGAAUGAUGUAACUAG